UGCAGAUAAUGGGUUAUCUUAAAGAUUCAAGUCAAGCCUUUGAACGGAUCGAUUUGACCAUUAGACAGUUGCUGAGAGAGAGAGAGCAAUGAACAAAGUAUUAAUUGUUAUUCCCCUCUUGGCGUUUCUUCAUGGAACCAAUGCUGCUUGCUCAGUUCAGAUUGGAACAACUGAAUCAUCAGAACAAUUGGUAUGCACUAGUCUUGUAGAUGGAGAUCUUCCUCUGAAAGGGUUUUUUGGAAUUUUCGAAUUCAUUCGAAUUGGCUCGAGUUCAUUAACGUUUAUGCCUAACGUGACCUUGGGAAGUGCCCAAUCUGAGACAAUCAUCAUCCAAGACAAUUUGGAACUCACGACGAUCGACUAUAUGUUCGCUGGAGCUGGAGUGAAUUUUAUUCACAAGCUUGAAAUCAGGAACGCCCCAAAACUAAGGUUUGAUUGGUCCAUACUUUCAACUUUACGAGUUCUUCACACUUUUGUGCUUACCGGAUCUCCACUCACAACUCUGUCAGUAGACAUGCCAUGGAAAGAUACUAUAAAUCACAUCGAUUUAUCCAAUAACAAUGGGAUCACUGAAAUCCCUGCUAAUGCAUUCACAAGGGCGACGAAUUUGUCAUCUUUGACCAUGAAUGAUAUGAGCAAGGACAUUGUGCUUAGGAGUAAGGCCCUCCGUAUCAUCACCAGAAAACUGCCUCAUUUGUUUUUCAACACCCUACCCUAUGGUCAACCCAAGAUUGAGGAUGAUGCUUUCGGCGAUGUGAGUGGCGGAGAGUUGUGGGGAUUUUUAGAGGGACAGUUUAUGGACUUUCCUGAAGGAGCCUUCCGACUUCUCUUGAAGAGACACUUUGACCGAUAUUCGCAAGAGUUCAUCAUUCCUAAAAAUGGAAAAACCCAGGUUCGGGACUGCUCAAAUUGCUCCAUCUCUUGGCUCUACAACGACGCCUUCAGAUUUGGAAGGGAUGAAUACAAACGCUUAGUGGGCGACGAGAACAUUGUCUGCGAAGGUGUUGGACCAGUUUUGGAAUCUGAUGAUGAUGGUUUCAACUCUGAGAUGGAAGUUUGCCCAAUCACAGAUAUGCCUGGUCCAAGAGAAAAUCCUUGCGAGGGUCACGGUGAAGGAUUAUCAGGCACUGCACCAGAUGAUGAGGAUUGCCAUUGUUUUUAUUACUGUAAUUCCUUGGAUGAAGUCUCUGGCCGUGAUUGCUGUCAAAUUGAAGCGGCAUACGACCCUGAAAUAUCUGGGUGCACUAUGGAGAGCAACGUACCCGGGUGUCGAGAGCAGAUGGGUGCUUAUGAUUAAUUUGGAUAUGUCGACCCCAUUGGUCAGGACAAUCUUUUUUGGGGCAGUCAUCAAAAGGCAGAAAUAGAUUGAUUCUUUUUUCAACUCAAUGCUAGUUGCUCCAUGUUUCUAUGUUCUUUGACCUACAAGCGGGUAGUCGAAAAAUAUGCUGACUCCAGCAAAAUCUUACGUGACUGCCGACUCGCUUGAUUUUGAGGUGUUGGAACAAUCACCAAAGCAUUCCGGUCCUGGAAUGGCUAUCGUUCGCCAAUGUGAAAAGGUUUUGGUUAAGACUAUGUGCAUGCUAAGACCAUUUGAAGCAACAAAAGUGAGCUAAAAGGUAGUGUUUUAUGGCAUUAUAAUUUUAGGAGUUACUUAAGAUUUUCAUUCAAUGAGCUUAUUUAGCAAGGACAGCUCAAGAGAAACACUGAUUGCUUAUCAGUCGCAAAUCAUUCACGACCAAGGGCGGUCAAUCAAGACCGAAGUGCGGCUCACAGAAAUAUCCCUUGGCCAUCACCAUGACAUUUUGGCAAGAGAAUUACUCCUUUAUCAAGGAAGUGUAUGAUACAAGAUGGCAAAAAAUGGUAGAAUGGAUGGACAACGUGGAAAUGGCAAUCCAGAAGGUGUGUGCCAACAAGGUCUACACUUCCUCGGAGUACAAGCGCGAAAAGGAUAACUUCCACUCUUUGUGCAAAAAUCUGGAGAGGGCCGAAACCAGGAAAUGGUUGGCCGAGACCCUGGAGACGCUGAUGAAGGAACGCGCGGGAGAGGAGCGAAAGGAAGAGCAGAAGAAAUUGGAAAUGGUCAUUGAACGCCACAAGACUCUCAUCCCAAGGAUUCAAGAGACCCUGGUUAAGACCGAAUGCUAUUGGAAAUGCUAUUCGUAUGGCGACGAUUUGAUCCCCAUUUUUGAGUUCAUUGAAGACUUGAAAAAUCGUUCAGUAAAGGAUGUUCAAGCUGCCAACCAAGAACAGACUGAAGAGCACAUGGAGAAGCAAGAAAAGGUAAUCAAUUCACUCGAGAAUAAGCGACGAAUGGCUCAGGAUUUCAUUGCCAAGGGAGAGAAACUCAUGGCCGAUCCAAAUUGUCCCAAGUUCCUCGAAGGCCAUCUCCAAAAACUGAAAGAGGGUUGGGAGGACACAAUGGAGAAAGCCCAAGCUCGGAAGAAGGCUCUUUCAGAUAAUUUCAAUUCGUGGGAGUCGUUCGAGCAACAAAAGGUCGAAUGUCACAAAAUGCUUGAUGCCGCUGACAAGGAGUUUGCUUCCAUCAAGAAAGUCUUCGACCUGAAGACUGGUCCGGCAGAUUUUAGAAGAAGAAAAGCACUGGCAGACAACUGCAAGCAAGCCAUUGACAAUCUAUACACAACAGUUUUUAGUUGCAACGAUUGCAUUCAAAAGAUGCUACCCUUGGACAAAAAGGACGACAUGGCCAAACAAGUCAAGGCUUUAGAAAACCGAAUGGAGGUCCUCGGAAAGACCCAAAACAAGCUCAACAUGAUUGAUGACUUCAAUCGGCGUCUCUUUGAGUUUGAUGCAUGUGUGACUGACAUGGAGAACUGGUUAACCGAGACACGUGGCAAAAUGGACGACAUUAUCAAACCCUCCUACGACAGCAGCUUCUCGCCAGAGGACAGGGUGACCAAAGCAAUGGAGUUACAGGAGGAUAUUCUUGAAAAGUCCGAAUUUUUGAAAAAGCAAGAAAAUGAGAAAGAAAACAUCUUCCCCAAGAGUGACGAAAAGGUAUCAGAGGAUGCUAAAUUCUUUCUUGAUCGGUUAACCUCUGCCCGAAAAACUAUUGACGCCCUGACUGAGGAAGUCAAACUCGAGUGCACAAAGUUCUCUCAAGACAUCAAAUACUGGGCAGAGUUUCAAACUGGAGUUAAAGAAUUUGAACCUUGGAUGAAAGCAGCCGAGGCCAAAAAGAUGAACGGCCUCACCAAACCUGAAAACCUGGAAGGAGCUUGCCGAGUUUUGGAAGAGGCCAAGGGCUUCCAAGCGGAAUGUGAAACCAAAUUGAAGAUCCUUGACGAAGCAGCCCAAUCUGCUCAACUGAUGACUAUUCAUGCUGAAGCCGAUGAGCGAGUCAGUGCCUUCAAGGUUCGAUGGGAUUCUGUUCAUGACACCGCCAAGGAUUGGGUGGCAAGGAUGAUGACUUUGGUUGAAUGCUGGAACAAGUUGGAAGGAAAUGUAGAUCUGCUAAACUCGUGGGUGGCAGAUUCAACCACUGCCGAACAAGAGAAUUGUGGAACAAUCCCAAUUGAAAAGCUUGAAGGCCAAUUGAGCCAACUCAAGGUUAUCUUCCUGGAAAAACAGAAAUUAGUGGACGAGCUGGAAGCGUACGGCGUGGAAGAGAAAUUUAAAAAUGAUGCCAUUGUUGCUGCUCAAGGGAACAUUGCAAAAACCUCUGAGAGCGAGGCCGAGCCUCUGGAGGAGGGUUUGGACUCAGUGGAGGCUUUGCCCGAAACUGAGGCUGCAGCUUAAGAUUUAAGGCUUAAUACGAUUUGGAAUGUAUUUGAUAUCUCAAUUUCUGUCCCGAUAGGCCGCAUCGCAAUAUUAAUGAUAGAAUCUUGAAUAUAUAUGUAAUGGGUAUUCAUAAAGGCAGUCACC